CCAACAAGUCAUUGAAUCUGUCAAUCACGGCUUGGCGGCUCUUUGAUGUCGGGAGUCCUCGCCUUGUCUUCAGCUCAAAUGCGCUAUUUGUUACUGCCUGGCUGCAUUACGUUCAACUUGCAGAGCCGUAGCUACUAUAGCGUUGACCAACUUCACUUUUGUUGUGAACCUUGUCCGUUUUUUUUUUGAGUGUACCAAACUAGGACAGAUUGAUAGGACGUUUCCUGAAUACCCCAAAGGAGCGACGCGACGCUUGUUACUGGUUUUUUGUUUUGUUUUUCAAAGCAGUUAUGCCUCAGCUUAGUAGCGGCGGCGGAGACGAUCUAGGAGCGAACGAUGAAAUGAUAUCUUUCAAGGAUGAAGGCGAACAAGAUGAGAAAAUACAAGAAAACGCUUUCACAGAAAGAGACUUGGCUGACCUUAAAUCGUCUCUGGUGAAUGAAUCGGAAAUUAAUCAAAGUCCGAACGCAGCGGCGGUCAGAAGGGGACAGCAGCAAAACGAACAGAGAGGUUAUCCCGAGAAACACCGGGAGCAUCACGACUGUGUGUUGAAGCAGCCGGAUGGAGGGAUGUAUAAAACGACAGCAGCCUCAGGAUACCCGUUCCUCAUGCUCCCUGACCCCUACCUACCCAACGGCUCCGGCUCGCCUUCGUCUAACAAGGUGUCGGUGGUCCAGCAGGGACAUGGGAUGCACCCUCUGACGUCCCUGCUCCCCUACGGGAACGACCACUUCAGCCCCAGCCCCCCCCACCUGCCCACAGACAUGAGCCACAAAACAGGUAUUCACAGGCCCCAGUCCCAGGACAUCUCAGGCUUCUACCCUCUCCCCCCUGGGGGGCAGAUCCCCCCCUCUAUGGGCUGGUUCUCUCACUCUCUGAUGUUGGGCCCUUCAGGGAUGCACCCUACAGGCAUCCCCCACCCGGCCAUCGUGCCCCACACAGGCAAGCAGGAGCAGGAACAGUACGACAGGAACAUGUACGCUAAGCCCCACCAGGACCCUAAGAGAGAGAAGGAGCCUAAGAAGCCAGUGAUAAAGAAGCCCCUGAACGCCUUCAUGUUGUACAUGAAGGAGAUGAGGGCCAAGGUGAUCGCAGAGUGCACCCUGAAGGAGAGCGCAGCCAUCAACCAGAUCCUUGGGAGGAGGUGGCACGCGCUGACCCGCGAGGAGCAAGCUAAGUACUACGAGCUCGCCAGGAAGGAGAGACAACUACACAUGCAGCUCUACCCCAGCUGGUCCGCACGCGACAACUACGAGGCGGGCCUUAGAGGGGGCGCGGGGGAAAACAGUAAAGCUGAUUGGGGCAAGAAGAAAAGGAGAAAAAGAGAGAAACAGCAGGACUCCAACACAGACCCUGGCUCUCCUAAGAAAUGCCGAGCUCGCUUCGGCCUCAACCAACAAACAGACUGGUGCGGCCCCUGCAGGAGGAAGAAGAAGUGUGUUCGCUACCUACAUGGAGGAGGGUGCUUCAGCCCCUCAUCUUCAGACGGAAGUGCUAUAGACUCUCCCCCCUCCACCCCCCCCCGCGCCCCGCACCUCCUCCCCCGCUCGCCCCUCUCCUCCCCCCCCGCCUCGCCCCCCCCCGCGCGCGCGCCCCCCCCGCCCGGCGCCAGGCGCUCGCACGCCCUCCCGGGCCACGGCCUCUCGGGCCACGCCCACCCGGGCCACGCCCCCUCAGCGCUGUCGGCCGCCAGGGCCGCGGGACUGUCUCUCAGAGCUCUGUCCGAGUCGCGGCAAACGCACGACAAUCACCGACUCAACUGACCCCUCCUCCACAUCAUCCCACACCCAGGACCCUCCCUUCUUCCCCGGUACAGAAGACAGGAAUCCCUCCACAUCCUCCUGCCCUGCCUCCCUCCAGCCAGCCAGCCAGCCCUCCCAGGGGGCUGCGUUCUCAAUAGAAGUUGUCCUGCUUCUGCAGUCCUCUGCUCUGGGCGGAGGACUUUAAACCCCCUCAACUCAUCCCGGGCUCCUCUUCUCUCCUGCCCCCUCGACGUCCGUUCCUUACAUUUCCAAAGAUUUUAUUUCCGUUUGUCGUCGUCGUCGUCGUUUUCCAGUCCUUCUCCGUGGUCGUAUUUAUAUUGAUUUUGUGAUUGUUGGGAAUGUCGUCUCCGCAUUCAGGGAUCGCCGACUGUGUGGACGUUCUCCCCGAAACGAAACACAUCCUCCAUCUUGUUCGGCCGAUGUUUCGUUCAAUUCUUUUUUUUGUUGUUGGCACUUCCGAGUUGUUUUGUUCAACCUCUUGAUUGAUUUACGAGUACGUUUCUGACGGAGGUCUCUCUGCAAGAGUCCUCAUGAUGUCCUUGGUGUUAGUUCUUAUGGACCGUGGUGUUUUAUGGGAACUGGAGUUUACUUGUCGACCCUUGUUGGAGUAAAUUCAGUAGAUAAACUGCCGAUGUGUGACUGAAAGUUGUGCUGUCCAAGACCAAAUGGGUACUAUAUUUCAUUGUGUUGUAAAGUUUAUAAAUGUGGAAUUCCCUAUAUAUAAUUAAACCUUUAUAUGUUAUGUACAAGAAAAUGAAUAGAAAAGGGUUACAAAAAAUGUUUCUGUAGACUAUUAAAUUGCCACCGUUUCUUAAAAAAGCAAUACAAAUUUUAUGUUUCUGUCCUUGAAGAGAAAAAAUUGUUUUGUGCAGAAGUUUGCGUUUUCUGCCUAAGUUUACACCGUUCAGCAAUGUAUAUUCAUGUUUUGUAGCUUGUGCAUGUUUUAACUAAGUGUACCAAAAACACGUGCCAAACUAUGACUUAAUUUUACAGCUUUGCUUUCUGCAUCAAUCCCAGUUUACGCACUGCAUACAUUUCCUGUGUGCAGCGACAGGGCUGUGUUGUCCAUUCUACUUUGGUCCACUAGGGUGCGCCGUAGUCCCGGGAAUUAUGGCACCCUCACGUGACAUUUGUCACGGUGAUUUUUCAUAUUCGACUUUCCAGUCUGUCUUUUUUACACAUUGAAUGACUUUUGUCUUUAAUGUAAUACUUAUUUUUGUUUCGAUGUAUUAAAGUAUUUUCAAAAUCGG